UUCUCCUUCCGGAAGAGUGGAUCUUCCAGUGGAGGCGGAAACACGAAGGACGAAAUCUUUCUCGGAAAUCGUGCACUAGGUAUUCUUCCCCUUGCGGCUUCGUCGGUGGCUUCUGUCUACUCAUCGCCUGCAUUGGUAGCCUUCCCGGCGCACUUUUAUGCCUACGGCUGGCAUACCACGUUGUGCGCCCUGACCCCCCUGCUCUGUUUGCCUCUGGCUACACAAGUGAUUGUACCGAUGCUCCAUAGGCUGCGAAUUACGUCAGUGUUUGAGUACAUUCGUUGGCGCUUCAACAGAGCCAUUUCUCUGACGGCCUGUGUCAUCUAUAUUUUUCUUACGCAAAGUAUUGGCGCCAUCUCUAUUUUGGCAGCAUCAGUGAUGCUGGUCAGAGUGUUCAACGCUCCCUUGUUAUGGUGCAACAUUGCCAUUGGACUUUCCGGAACAAUUUACACAGCAUUGGGAGGCCUUCGUGGAGUGGUGUGGACGGAUUGCAUGCAGUUUAUUAUUAUCCUGGUCGCCCCUGCCGCACUGUUUGCAAAGAUCAUGGUGGAUUCGCUGUCCGCAAACUCAACGGUUCAGCCACUAAGUGAGAUGGACGUCGGGAUGUACAAUGGAGAGUAA